AUGACGUGGACCUCGCGGUCCGUGACUGUGGCGGGCCUUGUUCUCCUGGCCCAUGCUUGCUACUCGGCGCAGGAGCACGCCGUUCUAUACUCGACCUUUGCAAAGCAUAUGACUUCCUCCCAGCAGCGCCAGCCUGGAGUUUCACUCCCGAUUGACAUCUGCAUCGAGACCGUGGCAGCAACACUCAUCAUGUGCCUGGGCCUGGUACUCGGCUCCCAGACACUACGCCCCAUUCAGUGGCGCGUAUGGGCCGGUAAAAUCGAGCGAGAAGGCGACGCCGGCUUUAUCGAUGGCUCUGGAGAGGUCGACAAGGAAUAUCGCGGAAGUCCAUUCGGCGCCUUGGAGAGUCGGCCCGGGUUCGUGGACAUUCGCAAGCAACAACGCGAGUUCGCCCAGUGGGUAAAGAAUGGAGGCAGCGGCAAAUAG